CUAACAUGCAUCCCAGCCCGGGGACACGGCCGUAUCUCUGCUUUGAUUUGUUCCCUAAUUGACCUAAAUAAAGCAACUGAGAGACGGGGUAUCUUCCAACACACAGUGUAGUAGGGGGCUCAAUGCGAGCAAUUCUGUUAUUUAUCUGGAGUAAUAUUGCUCGCUGCCUCCGCUGUCCAAUCGCAAGACGCAAUUUCUUUGCUGCGCGUGGUUCUCGCGCCGUGGAAUUUACCAUAGUAUAUCUACGGAUUCUCUCACAUUCUCGCGCUCUAUCUCGAACUCUCAUGGAUAGCUCGACGGACUUCGAGAGAAAGAGUAGGCAUAACUAAGAGAAAGCAAAAGAGACACCCAAUAAUGUCUAAACAGCACGUAAAUAUUUUUUAAGUAAUUUCUUUAUCGGUGACUAGGUGGUUUGAAGACGACAAAAUAUGCUUGAUAAGGCACCGGAGUCUGAACAUCAUGGUCCAACGUCAAGAAGUUCAUCAUUUUCCAUUGAGAAUUUACUUCGGUCUACUACCAGGACUACAGACAGGCGUUCUACGGCCGAAGAUGAGGGGGACUGUAAGGAAACCGGACUCUCUUACAACCAAGUCGCUGUCAUUGAGAGCCGCUGCAGCCAAGUGGAGCGUCAAGUGUCUUACUUUGGAUUAAACGCCCAACGCCACUGGUGUGGGACAUCGCCAAACAAAGCUUGCAGUGAUUUACAGAGUCCGCAGUGCCAUUCCAGCAACUCAGAUGAUCCCGGAUACUCCCUAAAAACCAGCAACCGGGAUUCUCCCACUCUACCAGAGCCGGUGGAAGACAACGACCAACCGGAUGAGAGGGCAGAGGGCAGUCUGACAGAUGACAAGGAUGACGAAACAGGGUCUUCCUGCUUCGCACGAGAAGACAGUGAAACAGCUGAUACGAAAGCAGCUUGCAAGAAGAAGACCCGCACCGUGUUCAGCCGGACUCAGGUUUUCCAGCUGGAGUCCACCUUCGACAUGAAACGCUACCUGAGCAGCACCGAGCGGGCGGGGUUGGCCGCCUCUCUACAGCUCACCGAGACGCAGGUCAAGAUUUGGUUCCAGAAUCGCAGGAACAAGUGGAAGAGACAGCUAGCUGCCGACAUGGAGGCCACGAGCAUCUCGUAUUCGGCCCAAAGGAUUGUCAGGGUUCCUAUUCUAUACCACGAGAACGCGGCACCUGGGACACUGAGCGUAAACCUGGCACAGGUGUCGCCACCCUUAGUGGGUUUCUCGAGUACUGUGAAUUAUCCCGUCUCCCAGUUCACCCACCCCAUGUCUUUUAUAAGAUCACAGAUCACAGGCCUUGUGUGAGACACACAUUAUUGGUGUAUUAUAUUGAACUAAUAAUUUGCGUAUUGGACAUGCUAUAGCAGCAUUUCCCAAACUCGGUCCUGGGGACCCCAAGGGGUGCACGUUUAGAUUUUUUCCCUAGUACUACACAGCUGAUUCAAAUAAUCAACGCUUGAUUAUUAGUUGAUUACUUGAAUGAGUUGUGUAGUGCUAGGGCAAAAACCAAAUCGUGCACCCCUUGGGGUCCCGAGGUUUCCGAGUUUGGGAAAUGCUGUGGUAGAGACAAUCCCCUCAGGAGUUUAUUGCUGAGGGUGACUUUUAUGCAAAUCACCAAAAUCACAGCCACAUUCAUAAGGCGACAACAAUUUGACCAACCUGUUUAGCCUAUAGGCCGCAACUCUUCUGUUUUAAUACGCAUGUUGCAAUUACCGUGUAUUUUCUUGAUUUGAGUGUGUACAAAAAUGUUAACAGGUGAAUCCCUCAAGCCAGACACUACAUUUGGGAAUUUUAACUUAAGCACAUAUCAUUCGAUGUAUAUGAUUAUUUACUUGGAAACUGGAUGGAAUAUUGUCAUGGGUUAGUCUACCAGUUUGUGUGUUUGUAAUAUUUUUAAAUGACAAAACUUGGCACCUGUAGAUAGACAUUUUACGAGCAUGGGGUUACGGGACUGUAUUAUUUCAUAAUUCUUAGGCUAUUUAAAGUGGGUUUCAUAUUACAUUUUGUACACGAGUUGUCCGAUUAAUGUAAAUAAAAUUGAU